AUGGCGCACAAACGCGCAUUAGAAGCACUUGACAGAACAUUGAAAGAUCUUCGCAAUGACUCGAGAUGUUUUGGAGGCGCAAUGAUUUUACUGUCUGGCGAUUUUCGCCAAACACUCCCAGUCAUUCCAAAAUCGAUUGCUGCCGACGAAAUAAAUGCUUGCCUUAAAUCAUCAAAUCUUUGGCGCUAUGUGAAGAAACUUCAGCUGGUAACAAACAUGAGAGUUGCAUUGGUAAACGAUACAACUGCUGAAGAGUUCUCCAAGCAAUUGCUGUUAAUCGGUAAUGGCCGUGUAGCUGUUAAAGAAUCGAGCGGAUUAAUUGCAUUUCCUUCAAAUUUUUGCAAUUUCGUCUCAUCAAAAGACGAACUCAUCAAUGAGGUAUUUUCGAACAUCAUUGAUAAUCAUAAAAACAAAAAAUGGUUGAGCGAGCGAGCAAUUUUGGCAGCUAAGAACAAAGAUGUGAAUGACUUAAACUUUGUAAUUCAAAAUGAAAUCGUUGGUACUCUGCAUACAUUCAAAUCUAUUGACUGUGUAACAAACGAAGAAGAAGCUACCAACUAUCCAACUGAAUUUUUGAACUCCUUGGAUGUGCCUGGCUUACCACCGCACAAUUUACAAUUAAAGAUUGGUUCGGUAGUCAUUAUGCUUCGAAAUCUAAACCAACCAAAACUAUGCAAUGGAACGCGAUUAGUGAUAACAAAACUGAUGGCCAAUGUGAUUCACGCAAUGAUACUCAAAGGAAAAUUCAAAAGUUUCUUGAAGCUAAUGGAGGCUAUACCAUUGUUCUUAAGCCCAUAUAUGGUCGAUAUCAUAACAUCAAUGAGUUUAAUAUCAGUUAAAGCAGCUCAGCAACCCGAAAAUGACCAUUCCGCUG